AUGGAUGAUGACAAAAUAUCAUUAGUUUCAUUUACGAAUAAGCCUGAUUUUGAUAUAAACCAAUGGUUCAAGAGUGAUUUUUAUCCUGAUUAUGAAAUGUCUUUAAUCGAAUUAUGCUGCUAUUACGGGGCUGUAAGCUGCUUUAAAUUCUUAUGGCAAGAACUAGGUGCAAAAAUCACUUUAAAAUGCCUUAAUUAUUCGUUUUUGGGUGGAAAUCCUGACAUAAUGAACAAAUGCUUGAAGAAAUGUCAACCAAACGAAGAAUGUAUGUCAUACGCAAUAAUUUCACACAACAUUGACUUUUUUACAUUUUUACUGAACGAAUAUAGCUCUAUCAAUGUUGAUUUAUCUGACUUUGCCACGUAUCAAAAUAUCUUGGCAUUUUUUGCAUAUCUUGACAAGACACAAGAUAUUAACAAUUGUUUCGUUCUUUCACCACUUUUCUUCAUUCCUUCUCUUGUGGAAUAUUUUGUUUCACAUGGUGUUGACACAAAUGCGAAAAAUAGUGAAGGAAAUACAGCUCUUCAUAAUGCUUGCAAUUUGGUGAACAAGCAAACGUUCGAAAUUCUUAUUUCCAAUCAUGCAGAUAUCAAUGCAACAGAUAAUAAUGGAAAUUCAGUACUUCAUUAUGCAACUUUGAAUAAUAAUAUUGAAAGAAUAAGAUUUCUUGUUUCACAAGGAAUAAGUAUCAAUAUCAGAAAUAAAUUUGGCGACACACCACUUCAUUUAUGCGCAAAAAAAUCAUUACGAUCUAUAGAUACAGCAAAAUUCCUUCUUUCAUGUGGUGCAGAUAUAAAUGCCCAAAAUAAUGAAGGUGAAGCUCCUAUUCAUCAUUCUUCAAAUUACAAUGAGAAAGAAUUUGUAGAUUUGCUUCUCUUAAAUGGUGCCAAUAUCAAUGCAAGAAAUAAAAAUGGAAAUUCAGCUCUCCAUUCUGCUCUAUAUAAGAAAUGCAGUGAAACUGCCGUAUUUCUGAUUUCAAAAGGAAUUAAUAUAAAUUCAAAGAAUAAUCUGGGAGAAACUCCACUUCAUAUUGCCGCACUCUCCAAUGAAUUAAAAAUAGUUAAAUUCCUUUUAACAAAGGGAGCAAACAUUAAAGACUUAGAUAAUGAAGGACGUUCAGUUUUGCAUUUCACGGCAAUGAGAGGUAAUAUAUGUGUAUGCAAGUAUUUUAUUUCUCUCAACUUCGACAAAAAUAUAAAGGACUAUAAUGGAAGAACACCAAUUCAUUAUGCAACAAAAUCUGGCUCAACAGAUUUGUUGGAAUAUCUUUUAUCAAUUGGUUCGGAUAUCGAAGCAAAAGAUAACACAGGAAAAACUGCACUUCGUUUAGCUGCAGACAGAUAUAAUACAAGUUUAGUGAAUCUCCUUAUUUUGCAUGGUGCAGAUGUCAAUACAAAAGAUAUUAAUGGUGUAACACCUCUUAUUUAUUCGGCAAAAUACUGCAAAACCAAAAUAGUAGAAAUUCUUAUUCAAAAUGGUGCAAAUAUCGAAGCAAAAGAUAACAAAGGAAAAACUGCACUUCGUUUAGCUGCAGACAGACAUGCUACAAGUUUAGUGAAUCUCCUUAUUUCGUAUGGUGCAGAUGUCAAUACAAAAGAUAUUAAUGGUGUAACACCUCUUAUUUAUUCGGCAAAAUACUGCAAGACCGAAAUAGUAGAAAUUCUUAUUCAAAAUGGUGCAAAUAUCGAAGCAAAAGAUGAAACUGGUAAAACUGCUCUUCAAUAUGCCCAAAAUAAUAGGAGUCAAGAAAUAAUUCGGCUUCUUCUUGCAAAUGGCGCAAAUGAUUAUAAUUUUAAGCUGUGGGUGAAAAAAGGUUUUCUUUGCAGGCUAUCAUAA